GAAUAGAAACUAUUCAAAUUAUUUAACCGCAUAGAACAUUUAAAUAGACACGAAUCGAGCGGUGACGACACAUAAACGCAAACAAACAGAUUCAAUUGCGCUCAGUCUUAUUUCAUAGUUUACUUGUUAGUCAGUAGCUUGACUACUUUACCCAUUUCUAUCCCGUCAAACCUGAAUUUUUUCGAAUACCAUCAACUGAAAAGCCGCGAAUAUAAGUCAGAUAUGCUAUAUCCGAAGACGAAGGAAGCUUUAGAAUCACUAUUUAACUCAGAACACUCGGGUUCGGCCCAUUCACUAGCGUCGGAGCUUUCGGUGGCAUCGUCGGAGAUCGUAAACAGCUUCGGACACCCUCCUUUGGUUGAUGAUGGGGAUCCAUCUCUCGAUAACGUUUUCGAGAUUCAGAUUCCAUCCUGUUCACAAAACCGCCGGACCCAGCGAGAGAUAUUUAACAAUUUCGAACACUCUGUAGUUGAAAGUGCAGCUGCAUUGAAUGAAGAAGGAGAAGAAGAGUUUCCAAGUUUCGUGGAGUACUUCGACUCUUCGAGUCCCGACAGCGAUGACGAGGAUCAAUCUUUUCAUCAAAGUUUCGGGAUUCGCAUCCCUUCAUGUCCACCAACGCCACCAAGGAUUGUUACGAACGCGCAAAGAUGUCUGCGCUUCCUCAAGUCCAGUGAUAUGCAUGGUGCCUUCGCAGAAGUCGUGCCUUACAGCCAUUUCGUGUACUACGCUCUAUUACCUGCUGAUGUUGAUUCUUUCAAAGCUUUACUUUAUCACUAUGUGGACAAAUAUAAAAACGAUCAAAUGUCAGCAGUGGAAUUUCGUCUGAACUCAGAACCAAUCAUACAAAGUGGUCGAAAUUUUCCGAGAACAACUGUCCGAUUCUUUCGCAUGGCAGCAGAAGAGUUGCAAAGUCAGGAGAGAUCUCCCAACUUGGGAGUCAUGGCUGAGUCAGAUUGCGACGUUUGUGGUGAAAUGAGAAUCUUGAUGAGCAGAUCUUGUUGCAACUACAACAUAUGCAAUGAGUGUAUGGCAAUGUACACUGCCGGACAAGUCGUACAGAAAUACGAACUUGUUUCAGUCGAAUGUCCAAACUGUCGGAAAUGUAUGCAUACCGAGGAGGUCCGAUACCGUCUGAAGUAUUCGCUCUUCCAAUCAGCACAUGAAAUUUAUCAGGAGCGCAUUCGCGAAGUCGCCCUGUCCAGCUCUGAGUACUUUUGUCCACACUGUCGCAACAUUUUACAAGCCCACGAAGGUUCCUCGAAUGCGCGGUCCAAAAUUUUAAAGACCUGCAGCUCCUGCGGAACCCAAAGCUGCUCUAGGUGCCGGGUGCCAUGGCAUACUGGAAUGUCCUGUAAACGAUAUCAGGAGGGUGAGAGAAGUAUGAGACAAUGGGCUCGUGGAACAGUUGUCCAGCGAAACGCAGUCCAGUGUCCCGGAUGCCGACGAUGGUACCAAAAAAGUGACGGCUGCGACCACAUGUCGUGCAAGAAAUGUAGGACUGAAUUCUGCUAUUCGUGCGGGCGGAAAUAUCGAAGUAUUAAGUUCAUUGGUUCCCAUACCAGCUCUUUCAGUGUCCUGGGGUGUAAGAACAACUUCAUGAGAGGUCAUCCAGUGUUGCGAGAGACGAUCCGCGGUUCGAUUCUGGCCGGUGCCGUUGCGGUGGCACCUGUUGUUGUUCCAGUCGCUGCUGUUGGAGGAGCUGGAUUACUUGUGGUUAUCGGCAGUACCAAAUUGGCCCGAGCGGUCGUGCGAAAACUUCGCUAAACUGUUUGCCAACCUGGUGCUAAAUCAAAAGAUGGUGCCUAUUCGCUAGAUUUAGAUUUAGAUCUAUUUUACAAAUCUUUCACAAUAUCAGAUAAUUUCUUAAUUUAUUUUAAUACAA